AUGGUUUUAAAAACCAAACUCAGAGCUAGAGUUCCAUCAAUGGAGGAAGUAUCUCCGGCGGUUGCUAUGCCUUUCAUGCCUUUCCCCGAAACCCAGAUGGAAUUCACAGGGAUGAGGCUGGGUAAAGGUUACUGCAACGGCCAAUACUCAACCCAAGAUUCCGAGAACGGCGAUUCUAGGGUUCCGCCGUCACCGGAGACUUCGCGUUCUGUUUAUGGGUCUCAUGGAGCUGAAUCGAGGAAAGUUUUGUCCGCUCGGAUCAAUUCGCCCAACUUAAACAUGAAGAAUUCAUCAUCGUCAUCAUCGUCGGAGAUCGUCGCUGAUAUCGCCGCCGGAGAGGAGAUCAACGGCUCAGAUGAUAGAUCGACUGUUCAGAGCGAGAAGAAGAUGAUCAGCAGAACAGAGAGCAGGAGUCUGUUCGAAUUCAAGAGCGUGCCUUUGUACGGAGUGACUUCGAUCUGUGGAAGAAGACCGGAGAUGGAAGAUGCUGUCUCCACGAUACCUAGAUUCCUUCAAUCUUCGACUAACUCGUUGGUAGAUGGCCGUUUCAACCCCCAGUCAACCGCUCAUUUCUUCGGUGUCUACGACGGCCAUGGCGGUUCUCAGGUAGCGAACUAUUGCAGAGAGAGGAUGCAUUUGGCUUUAGCGGAGGAGAUAGCGAAGGAGAAGCCGAUGCUCUGCGACGGAGACACGUGGCAGGAGAAGUGGAAGAGGGCUUUGUUCAACUCGUUCCUCCGAGUUGACUCGGAGAUCGAGUCAGUCGCACCGGAGACUGUUGGGUCAACGUCGGUCGUCGCCGUCGUUUUUCCGACUCAUAUCUUCGUCGCUAACUGCGGCGAUUCCAGAGCCGUUCUUUGCCGCGGCAAAACCGCGCUCCCGUUAUCCACUGACCACAAACCUGAUAGAGAAGAUGAAGCGGCGAGGAUUGAAGCCGCCGGAGGAAAAGUGAUCCGGUGGAAUGGAGCUCGUGUUUUCGGUGUUCUCGCCAUGUCAAGAUCCAUUGAAACCUUUUUCCUUACGGAAACAUGCAUUGGCACAGGCGAUAGAUACUUGAAACCGUCGAUCAUUCCCGAUCCGGAAGUGACGGCUGUGAAGAGAGUUAAAGAAGAUGACUGUCUGAUUCUGGCGAGUGACGGGGUUUGGGAUGUAAUGACGGAUGAGGAAGCGUGUGAGAUGGCACGGAAGCGGAUUCUCUUGUGGCACAAGAAGAACGCGGUGGCUGGAGAUGCGUCUUUGCUCACGGAUGAGCGGCGGAAGGAAGGGAAAGAUCCGGCGGCGAUGUCUGCGGCUGAGUACUUGUCGAAGCUGGCGUUGCAGAGAGGAAGCAAAGACAACAUAAGUGUGGUGGUUGUUGAUUUGAAGCCUCAGAGGAAAUUCAAGAGCAAACCCUUGAACUGA